AUGGGCUCGCCGGGGGCACGGAGCAGUGGGAGCACUGCAGCUGCCGCCGCCCCGUGCGGGCUGCGGUUCGGCGGUCGCGGGGCCGGUGGUACCGCGGGGGGCGGGCUGCGGAGCGGAGCGGCUGCCCGCUGCUCCGCCGGCUCUCCCAGGGGCGGAGGGGGCGGGCGGAGCGGGCAGGCGGAACGGUGGUGGGGAGGGAGCGGGCGGAGCGGGGAACAGGAGAAAGACGAGCUCCGAAUCUUGCCGGGAAAACUCAGCGGAAAUUCGUACUUCCCACACUGUGCCCUGGGGGACCGGAGGAUCGGAUGGAGCGGGGGAGAGGGAGGACGGCUCGGCGGGGGGGCGGGAGGGAGGAAGCCCGCGGCCGGUCCUGGCUCGAUUUAG